AACACUUUCUUUAAAAUUUUUUCAAUAUUUUUUUUAAUUUCAGUUUUUUACUUAAAUGGUAUUGCUCAAGUCAUGCUUUUCAUUGGAGCCAUUAUUCUGUCGAUUCUUUUAUCUUUUUGGUACUUUUGUUUAUCGUUAUCGUUGGCCAAUUGUAGUUAUUCCCCCUUUACUUUCGGCUUGUUUUUCAGUUGGAUUUAUUUGGGUUUUUGAUUUGCGUGUAGAUGAUCCAGCAUAUGUCUUCACACCGAGAGAUGCCAGAUGGAAGCGUGAACUUGGAACAUUUUCAAGACUUUGGCCUUUAGAUGAAAAUAAGUUUAUUGCUGGAAAAUCAUUUGAAACAAAACGUUUUGUCAAUAUUCUUUGUAAAGCUAAAGAUGGAGGAAAUGUUUUACAACCUGAAAUUUUGGAUGAAAUUGAUUUACUUAAUCGUUUUAUCUCAGAAAAUAUAACUGUUCCAACAACGGAUGGACGUUUUCAACUUAGCUAUCAGGUUUGUUUUUUAUUUUUUAGAGUUCGACAUCGGGCAGGGACCGGGUUUUCCAGGUCUUGUAACCUGGAAAUAGGUAUUUUGAUAAAAUCCGGGAUUUCUUGCUUUUCAGGAUUCUUUGUGAGUUCCUCCAGGAAAACUUGGGUCAGCAUGAAGAAAAAAAUCUAA